AUGACGAACAUUGGUAGGCUUCAUGCAGCUUUAGGUGAUGAUGUGUGGAGAUAUAUAUUAGAUUCUUUUGUUGGUGUCAUCGUGAAGUUUGUUGAUAGACAGUUCACAUGGUCGUCGAAGCCAGUUCAUUAUCUCCUCACUCAUCGGUUGAAGACUUCCAAGAGACAUGAGAUAUGGUCUUUGGUUGAUAAUCAACCGAUAAGGUUUUCCCUGUGUAAAUUUGCUGCGUUCACGGGUAUGAAGACAUAUUUGUAUGAGGUUGCAGGGGAAUGGGAUGUUGAUCAUUCUGAAUUUUGGGGAGAAAUGGGAGUGAGUGUCGGUGAUGGACCAAUGUGGAUAGAGCUGGAAAAGGUGAUAUCAAAAUGUAGGAGUUAG